AGAUCAACCCAGUCCUCCAGUGGUAUGAGACAGCAAGUACAAAGAUAUCCUGUGCCAGAUGGUGGGAACCCAUCUGUGCCUGAUUCUUCUAUGCUGAAGAAAAAUUCAGAACCUGUAAGCACUACAAGAGACAGCCCUGGAUGCCCUGGGAUGACAGCUCCGGCCCCACCACUGCCACCUUCAGCAUGCAAUAAACCAGCAUUUUCCAUGCCCCUUACUCCAUAUGUUUCACUACCCCCUCCACUUUUCCAAGAGAGACCCGGCAAAGACCUACCUUCUCCAUCUGGUCCCCUGCCCCCCUCUCUCUCCUUCCCAUCCCCUCUAGGCAAUAAACCCACCUGGCUACCACCGCAAACACCUGCCACACCUCUGAAGUCUGUUAGUCCACCUCCCCCUCCAGCUCUGCCUCCAUCCAGUGUCCCUGACAGGUCUUCUGGCAUUUUCUUUUCCCCUCUUCCCCCUCCCCCUCCCCCUCCACCACCAAUGUUGUCUGACAACAGUUUUAGGGACAGCCUAUUGUUUUUUCCCCCACCACCUCCCCAACUUCCAACUUCUUAUUCCUCUACCCACUCAUCUUCCUUUCCCCCUCCCCCUCCUCCAUUACCUUCUGGUGCUAACUCAACCGAGAUGAACACACUUCCACCUCCACCUCCUCCUCCAAAGAUGCCCCCAGUGCCAUCUCCAACCUGCAGGCCAGGCAUGCCUCCACCUCCUCCUUCUCUGCCCUCUGUAGUACCAGCCAGACGCCCUCCAGGAAUCCCCAGAGCUGGAGGAGGGGGAAGGUUGGCUCCCCCCCCAGCUCCUCCUGCUCGGUCUCCUUCCACCGAGCUUUCCAGUCGAAAUCAGGUGCCCCCCAACUCUAGCUGGGGACCAACACCACCACCACCCCCACCACCUCCUCCCUUUCUGAAGAAUAGCCAGAUGCCCUCCCUAGAUGACUUUGAGUCAAAGUUUCAUUUUCACUCAGUUGUUGAUUUUCCACCACCUGAGGAAUAUAAACAAUUCCCCAGAGUAUAUCCAAGUAAAGAACCAAGAGUGAGCUCCAGACCACCUGCAUUAAGAACACAGAUGCGAUAAACAAUAUCGUGUAAAAGGUGCUUUAUAGAACACAUUACACCACGGAAAGAAAUAAGGAUUCUGUUUGUCUCUGAUGUCAGAGGAGAAAUGUAAAGACAUUGAAGAAUAAACUUCUUCUAGUGGUCUGA